AUGGAACAAAAUGGCAGAACGGGUGUUGCUGCCAUGCAUGCUGUCCUUUUAAACGAAAAGACAAUCCUUAUUAUUGAUAAAGCAGAAUGGAACGAAGCUCAAUUUGACUCAGGACAGAGCGCAUUCUCUGUUCAGUAUGAUUUGGAUACAAACACCUACAGACCCCUGCCACUAGAAACAAACACUUUCUGUUCAGCUGGUGGAUUCUUAAAGAACGGUAGCUUCAUCAGUACUGGUGGUGGUGAAAAGCGAGGAAGAAAUUGGAAGGCUGAGCCUGGAUGGCAAUCUAUUCGACACUUUACUCCCUGUACCGACAAUUCUUGCUGGUGGAAUGAAUAUAAAACCGGAAAGAUGACCGAGAACCGUUGGUACCCAACAGUUGAGCAAUUGCCUGAAGGUGACCUGUUUAUCAUUGGCGGAUCUAUUAAAGGUGCAGCUGUCAAUCGCAAAGAGAUCAAUGUACCUUCUUAUGAAUUCUGGCCACCAAGACCUGAAGGAGAAGUUCCAUUUGCGUUCCUGAAUGAAACAAUGCCCUACAACUUAUACCCAUUCGUAUUCGUCUUGCCUGACGGUAACUUGUUUAUCUUUGCCAACAAGAAGUCAAUCAUCUACAAUUAUAAAGAGCAAAAGAUUGUAAAGAGAUUGCCUGAUAUUCCCGGUGUCCCUCGUUCUUACCCCCUAACUGGUGGUGCUGUAUUACUACCUUUGGAUCCCAAGAAUGAUUAUAAACCUGAGAUUCUCGUUUGUGGUGGCUCUGAGAGAAUGAAGAAUACUGCUAAAGCUGAUGACACUUGUGGCCGAAUCAACUUGGGUGACGAGAAUCCUAAAUGGGAAAUGGACACAUUUGUCUAUCCACGUCUUAUGCCUGAUGGUGUUAUCAUGGCCGAUGGCAACGUUCUCUGGGUAAAUGGCUGCCAGCGUGGCUGGGCUGGUUACAAUGGCCGCAAUCACGAUCCCACAUUUGAUCCUCUUAUCUAUACCCCUACAGCUGAUAAAAAAAACCGAUGGACUAAAGGUCUGGCAAACACAGACAUUGCUCGUAUGUAUCAUUCUGUAGCCUUAACUUUACCCGAUGGCCGUGUCUGGAUCGCUGGUUCUAACAAUGUUGAUCCUCCUGAUAUUCACGCUGAAUAUCCCACUGAAUUCCGCGUUGAAUACUUCUCUCCUCCAUAUCUCUUCAAAUAUCCUACACGUCCUCGCAUCUCACACGUUCCUCGAGUUGUUACCUAUGAUCAGACAUUCAAGGUCCUUUUGAAUCUCGAAGGAUUGGCUGGCAAGGAUGCCGCUGACAAGGUCCGUGUUGGCUUGCUUCGACCUGGAUUCAGUACUCACUCCAUGCACAUGUCGCAAAGAUAUGUCUUUUUGAAUCAUAAAGUAUCAGAGGACUUACAAUCCAUCGAAAUUACUGCCCCACCUCAUGCUGCUAUCUUCCCACCUGGGGCUGGCUUCUUGUAUGUCAUCUAUGAUGGCCUUCCAUCUGUUGGCAGCGAAAUUUUUGUUGAGAACGAUGUCUCCGAUCUUGCCAUUUAA